AAUUAAAAAAAUAUUAAUUUAGUGACCAACCGUGUGUAACUAAUUUCUCCAAAUUGCAUGUCAAUUGUGACAUUUUGACAGUCUUGACAGUUAUCACCUUUUUGGUCAUAUUUUGCAUAAACAAUUGUAAAUUAUGGAGUCAAGGAUAGAAACGUCCGAAUUGCAGCAAUUGGUGGGAAGCGACGUUGAUGGGGAGAACGACGACAGUACAGCACAAGACGAGAACAUAAACGAAGUCAAAGUUAUAUCUCCAGUCAGAAGCACCAAAUAUUUACAGAUGUCCUCGUCGGGAAACACCAGUCACAGCUCAGUCACCAAACUCGGGGCGAGAUACAACUUCGGCGUAGCCCCAAACUCGAAGGUUUCUUUCGUCAAUGAGAAACGCAUCAAUCGUGAUAUAAGCAAAACCACAACAGCCAGACCCAGAAAUGUGCACAAAGAUAGUAAUACAAAUGUCCAACACCACUGUUUUAUCUCUGAAGUGCCUGAUGUGAGACACAUGGAAAAAGCACUUUUGGGACUGUUGGCCGACUUUCAUUCGGGCAAACUCAGAGCUUUCGGAAGCGGCUGCACUAUGGAACAAAUGACCAACAUUCGGCAGCAGCAAGAAAAACUAGCCAAAUUGCAUUUUGAUUUGGGCGCAGCCACCGUGCCCUCACUCAAUGAUGAAAACCUUUUGAGAUCUCAAAACACAAUGACGCAACUUAUCCAAAGACUUGAGCAAUUGAGCGUCUCGAUAGAGGGGCUACACAGCAACACAAACAAAUAAAAACGGCAGAUUGUGUUUUCUAUUUAUUGUUAUCAAAUUGUUACGAUUCAAAAGUGCGGUAGUUCCUUUAUCACCUUUUUUAUGUAAUUUUCGAGUAAUAAAGUUUAUAGCUUCAAA